AUGGCCGCCGCCGACGGGGCGCUGCUCCCCGAGCCGCGCGCCGCCGCCUCCAGACCCCGCCGGGCCCCGGCGAGGCGGCCAGCAAAGGCCACCAAGAGAAGAUGCCAGGCAUCCAGUGAGGCUCCCCCAGCGAAGCGGAGGAGCCAGGCGUGGUCUCUGCCUGCCGGGAAUGCCGCUGCUAGGGGGGCGCGGAAGACCUUGAAGGGAGAGGCACCGGGCGCAUCUUGUCAGCAGCAGCCUCCAGGCAGCGCGGGUGCUAGAAGCCACGAGCAGAGAGCCGGCGUUAAGACCUCAUCUCUGUUUAAGAACAACCCCGAAAUCCCUGAACUCGACAGACCUGCGGUCACACAGGUGCAGGAGGAGGUGUUUACUUCGGAUGCCUUCCACGAACUGGACCUCCACCCACACUUAAUUUCCACGAUAAAUACGGUCUUAAAAAUGUCCAGUAUGACCAGUGUGCAGAAGCAGAGCAUCCCCGUGUUGCUGGGAGGUCGAGAUGCCCUGGUGAGGUCCCAGACGGGCUCAGGUAAAACUCUUGCGUAUUGCAUCCCUGUGGUCCAGUCCCUUCAAGCAAUGAAAGCAAAGAUACAACGCAGCGAUGGCCCCUACGCCCUGGUGCUGGUGCCCACGAGAGAGCUGGCUCUCCAAAGCUUUGACACUGUCCAGAAGCUGCUGAAGCCAUUUACCUGGAUUGUGCCCGGAGUGUUGAUGGGAGGAGAGAAGAGAAAAUCAGAAAAAGCCAGACUCCGCAAAGGAAUAAAUAUCCUUAUCUCAACUCCUGGACGCCUGGUGGAUCAUAUAAAAUCCACAAAGAACAUUCAUUUUAGUCGGAUACAGUGGCUGAUUCUGGAUGAAGCUGACAGAAUCUUGGAUUUGGGUUUUGAAAAGGAUGUCACGGUGAUACUCAAUGCUCUGAAUGCCCAGUGCCAGAAGCGACAGAAUGUCUUGCUGUCGGCGACGCUCACAGAAGGCGUCACCCGGCUGGCCAAUAUCAGUCUGCAUGACCCAGUCAGUAUUUCUGUCCAGGAUGACAGCGGCGCCCCAUCUACCUGCGGGGACAGAGCGAUGCCGGCAGCCUGUCCUGCACCGGCUGGGGACCAGCAGGCCGGCUUUGCAAUCCCCGUGAGCCUUGACCAGCACGUGGUGUUGGUUCCCAGCAAACUCAGGCUCGUCUGCCUGGCGGCCUUCAUCCUGCAGAAAUGCCAGUUUGAAGAGGAUCAGAAGAUGAUUAUCUUUUUGUCAAGUUGUGAACUGGUGGAGUUCCACUACAUCCUCUUCGUGCAGACCCUCCCAAGCCUCUCAGGGGCCCCGGACUCAGGGCCAUUGCCAUCUGCAGCUGCGAGGUUAAAAUUCUACCGGUUACACGGUGCCCUGGAGCAGGAGGAAAGAACAGCCGUGUUUCAGGAGUUCGCGCACUCCAAGACAGGCGUCCUCCUUUGCACGGAUGUUGCAGCUCGGGGCUUAGAUCUCCCGCAAGUCACAUGGAUUGUUCAGAAUACAUCCACCGGAUUGGGAGAACCGCCCGGAUUGGCUGCCAGGGGAGCAGCCUGCUCAUUUUGGCUCCUUCGGAGGCAGAAUAUGUCAACUCGUUGGCUUCUCACAAAAUCAACACUGCAGUCCUUCAUCCGGGCUUACACAACCUACCCCCGGGGGCUGAAGCACAUCUUCCAUGUCCGGCUGCUCCACCUUGGGCACGUGGCGAAGAGCUUCGGGCUGAGAGAUGCCCCCCGCAAUCUUGGCACCUCUGCUCUAAAGAGGAGGAAAGCAAAUGGGAAAAGGCCUGACCUUCACAAGAAGACCCUCGGCAAGCACCGCCUUGCUGAAAUCCUGCGCUCGGAAUACUCCAGUGGGAUGGAGGCCGCUGCGCCCAAGGUCACUGCGCAGAGCCAGCGCCCCGAGCCCGGCAGCCAGCCGCGCCCCGCCUGCACCCCGGGGAAGAAGAGAAAAGGCUCUCCGGGGAACAGAAACCCCGAAGGGCUUCCUGGGGGGCCGCAGGACUAACCAGAAAUCGGCUUUCGUCUCUGCUUCAGAGGACGGGGCCUCAGUGGUCCUGUUCUUAGAGGAGUUCCCUCCCCCUGAGCCUGCGCCGCCGCCGCCUCUUAGCAGGGAGGCCUGGUGGGGGUUGGCCGGCUCACCUGCGUCCCCGAGGAGCUCGCCUGCCCUGUUCUGAAGACGCUUCGUUUUGCUUUAGCCCUACCCACGCAUAUAUUGGCAUGAAUUUUAUAAAGCAGGAUUUUAAAACAUGCAGUUGAAUUUGUAAGAGAAGAGAAAAAGUAUUUAUCAAAUCGUUUUCUUGAUGCGCAGCUGUUUAGUUCAGAAUGACCAAGGACCGUGGAGCCUUGGGUGUGGGCCGCCUCCUCCAGGGUUCCCUCCGGGAGCUCCACGGUGCUGCACUCUGUGCUGCUCCGUGUGGCUGGUCUGGGCCUCCGCUCCCUUUCAUGUCCUCCAGAAGCUUCCUCUCCCAGGCCUAAUUGAUUUACUGUUGCCUUUUUAUGGUUUGCCUUUGAAGUCAAAAGGCACGAAUGCCCUGAGCUUUUUCUCCCAUGGAAUCCUAUCUGGUCUUCCAGAGAGGUCUGAGGGUCUUUGUAUUGUGACCCGGGCCAGGGCGGCCCCUCCCGCAUUGUGUUUUCUGGGAGAUUUGAAAGAGGACCCCUGGGGCGUAUUGAUUUUCCAAUAAAUGUAAGAUUUGGACACGGGUCAUUCCAGAGGGUCCAGAGGAGUGGGGCGGAAGGCCUCCCCACCUCUGACUGGGCCACUUGGUCUCCAUGCCCUGCCUUCCCGCCUCCGCCUCCUCUAACCACAGGGUGGGGUGAGGGUCCCCCAGAUAGACCCCAUGAACUGAACAGCCAGGAGAGGGAGUGGCUGUGGCAUAGGGCUGAGUCAGGACAUUCGGGAACCUGGAGCUGCAGCCCUAUGGAGACCUACAUGUGCGCGCACGCGCGCGCGCGCACACACACACACACACACACACACACACACACACAGCUGCCCCCCUCCCUGCCCCCCACGUCCCCGGUGAUGGUUGCCUUGCUUCGGAAGAGAAAAGGAAGGUUCACUUUAUAGACAAAACCCAGCUGCGUGAGAAACAGGAUUAAUGCCAGUGAUUGGGGGCGAUCAAAGGGAAGCCCACCCCACCCCCAGCGCAUUCCUUUAAAGUGCGCCCGUUGCUGGCCCCUGCCAAGUGGGUGGGGGCUGCGGCUUCGGGGUCAGAGCCUCGCUCUCUGCGCUCUCUGCGCUCUCCGCGCCUGGUGAGGGCUUCUUGCCGCCGGUGGGUCUGGGAAUCGGUCUGUUGCCCCAGUUAAUAAAGACACGUAGAUUUAGCACAUUUAGGGUUAACAUUCUCUGAAUCUAAACAACCUGAACGUGAAUCUUUCUUAGGAUGGCUCUUGGCAGGUGAUGCAGCUCCGGCAUCCAUUAGGCAGAGCUUUAGCGCCUCUUUUUUUUUUCUGAUUUCCCAAACUUGGGUCACAGGCCUGAGUCCCGUGUUUAAAGUCACAGAGAACCUGGGUGCUGGUGGUGCCUCACCCCUUCCCCGCCGGCUCGGGGAGCGCUGCUUUGGCAUCCCGUACAUCUUCGUAUUGGUGGGGAACACCCUCCCCCCCCCUCCCCGCAGUUGCACCUCCUCGGAGGGCUCCCCAGUCUCAGGCACCGGCGGGCAAAGAGCCCUUGGCCAGUGGCCAAGUCAGCAUUGGCGAAAUGCAAGUGGCAUUUUCCAGGCUUAGAGACGCAAGGAGCCCCCACUUCUCCGCGACUCCGACAAGGCUCCGUGGCUUCAGUGGAGUUCCCUUCCCUGCAGCGCUGGGCGCGGGCUUUUGGGAGAGAGGGCAGGAAAUGAGGGCCCCUUCAGGCAAGUGUGCUCCAAACUGCUGGAGGCCUUGCUAUGUGGCGCUUCCGCCCCGAAACCCAGUCAGUGGGAGCCACUAAAAUCUCUCCGUGGCGUCCUGGGGACAGAAACGGAAGGUCUUGCGCACGGGACGCCGCCUGCUUGAAAAGGGCGAUUCCCUGGCUGGGUCGGGCCUGCAGGGCCCGGCCAGUCUCCGUCUGCUCCAAAACCGGAGGAAGGUCGGAGCAAGGCCUGCGUGUGGGCACCGUCCCUGAAAGCAGUUCGACUUCUCAGAAGUCUCCAGAAGCCGCACCGCCUGGCUCAGCGGAACAUCUACGCUGCGUUUUAACUUUGUGGCCCUGGCCCCGUCGGGUCUAGAUGGAGGGGGGUGGGGGAGCCGGGAGUGAGAGGAGGUGCCUCUCCUUGUGUGCCGCCCGCUUGGGGCCUCGCCCAGUCAUUCUUCUCUGUUUCGAUGAGAGCGCGCCCCGCCCGGGGCUGGGCGAGGAACCACUUUGGCCUUGGAAGCGGAUGCAGGUAGCGCCCACCUCGCUCCCAGGCUGUGAAGUUACUGUUGCAGGUGGGACGUGCAGGACAAUUUAAAAGACCGUAAUUAUGAACUUGUCGGGAAGCCUUGUUCUUCAUUAAUGUAAGAUAUGAAGUCGCCGUGGAGGUACAAGGACAAUUACAUAGUCGAGAAUGUGUCUGUGAUUUGCGCUGCGCUGUGUAAAUGUGAGGGCGGCUGCUCGGGCUCCCUCCUCCACUCUCACAAAAUGAAAAGCACACCAGUGCAAGUUGUCCUUUGAUAGAUU